GCCAGAUGGCGACAACGAAUAAAGAGGUCUACCACGAAGGAUGGCUCAUCAAAUCGCCACCGACGAAACGUAUCUGGCGUGCGCGAUGGCGAAGGCGUUGGUUCACGCUCAAGCAGGGUGAGCUGCCCGGUCAGUUCUUUCUCGAGUACUACACCGACCGCAAAUGCCGUAAGCUGAAGGGCAUCAUCGAUCUGGACCAGUGCGAACAAGUGGACGCUGGGCUACGGCUCGAUCGGCAGAAGGAAAAGUACGCACACAUGUUUGACGUGAAAACGCCAACCCGCACGUACUAUCUGGCCGCGGACACCGAGGAAGACAUGCGCGGAUGGGUGAACUGUAUCUGUCAGGUGUGCAGCCUGCAGGAAACGCAAACCGUCGACGAUCGGCCAUAUUAUAACAUCGGCGCAAUCAAUAUGGCUGAGGCGAUCAAUAUGGCGGACACGGUAGUCGAGACGAAACCUCCGGGAAGAUCAACGACGAGCAAUGGCGCAACAGCAACGGAAACGGACGUGUCAAACGAAACUGAAACAACCAUGCUGAAUCAUUCGGUUGCGGGUGAAGUAACUGCGGAACAGUCGCAGCAUCAGCAGCAGCAAAAGCGUACGCCAGCAGCGUACAAUCCGUACGGCACGUAUCAGAAUGAGGAAAUGAUGGGCUUCCGUUCGAUGGAUUACACCAACCGGGAGACGAUCAUCUGCGAAGCGAAGCUCGGCCAGCCCGCAUCAAAUGCGGCCGAAGCGUACUCGAACCUGGACGUCAUUAUUGAACGUUCCCAAUCGUUGCGUGGUAAACCGUCGUGGACGAAAAAUGGUGAACCAUCAUCAUCCGCUUCGACUACCGCAAAUGGUAUCGGGUCAGGUCCCAUGGUACAUCAUAUGCGUACCCAAUCACUAAACAUCGAACAACAGCAGCAGCAGCAGCAGCACCAGCGCAGUGGAAAGAAGAUCCCGGAAAAUCUUAAACUAACCGAACGUACCCCAUCGACGAGUGCGUUCGAUAGUGGACCGGAACAACCAUCUCCAGCGUUGAGCACCUCGUCCGGCCCGUACAUACCGAUCAGUGAAUGUUACUCGGGCAGUCCGGUAACACCGUUAAACUCACUUGAUCCACGGUUCUACGAAACACCGCGCAGUCACACCAACAUUGGCUUCAAUCUCGUCAACAACGAGCAACCGUACUCACCAAAGAGAAGCAAUGUUGGUGGUGGAGGACAGCUGGCAGGAUCGUCCGGUGGCCCUUCAUCGCUUGUAAUGGGUUCGGGAGGAUCCGUUGCAAGCAAAGCGGGUGCUGGACUACCAAUCUGUAGCGGUAAAUCGAGUCCAUCCGAUUCCGAAAGCGUAUUUACGGAUGACGAAUGGACCGCAGCUUCACCGGGGGAAGGGUCGCGCAGUGGAAGAGAGGGUGCGAAUGGGAAUCGUGGUGGAGCUGGUGCGACGGGUGGAACGAUCGACCGAAGUACCCGUCCGUCGGAUAGUUCGAUCGAAAACGAUGCCGUCGGAUGGACGUAUGUGCAGCGCUUUUCCAAAGUUCCCAACACGUCGGAGGAAAAGCCUCAGGUUCAAGGUGGAAAUGGGAGUGUACCGGGACCGGCCGGUGCACCACCGAGACCGCCGAAACGGGCGAGCAUGAACUUGGAGGGGAUUGAAAAAACAAAGGAUAUUAUAUCUUCCGAUACGGAGAAUGUGUCUCCUGCCAUCGGGCCGAGAGAAGCUAGUGCGCACAUCGAACAAUUCUACGAUAUUCCACGCUCCCAUCAACAUCCGUACACCGGUGGUAGUAGUAUGCAUCUGCCCGAUGGGGAUCUGCUGUCACCGCUCAGUCAGUGUGAUCUGGUCGCCUCCAGCACACCGAACCUGAUCAGUGAGUUUGGUAGUCAGGCGGGCAGUCAGUGUGGAACGCUCGGACGCCCCCGGCCCCAUUGCUACACGAACGCUGCCCCGACCAAGGUGGAGGGCAAUGUGUUUAGAUUUGAUUUCAGCGAACAGCCUGAUUCAUCAGCACCGGCCAUCAAUCGUCGCUUAAAGCCACGCUCGUCGCUCGAUAUUACUAAAUCGAUCGAGUCCGUGACGCAGGGUGUUAAGCAGCAGAUUUCACUCGGUGGGAACGGUUCGACAACGCCCGCACCGGCCAUACCGGUUUCCAGUGCGGGUAGCGCUGUUGGUCAGCAAUCGUCAGCUAGAAGCCCUCCGACGGUCGAUCGUACCCGGAAACCGGCUACUCCAAAGAUCGGUACCAACUCGAUGCGUCGAAAGGGUGGACCUGUUUCGCUAAAUCUCGCAUCGAAUCAAACAACCGAGAGCACGUACGGCAAUACCCAGGAUGCAAACAUUUCGCUGCUGUCGGUCAUAUCACCACGCGCUGCCGGUAAAAACGAGGAUCGCCUGCAAUAUCUCGAUCUGGACCACUCGAACAGUCCGCAGAAAACGAACCAAAACUCGAUCUACUCAUCCGGUCCGAGCAGUAUCGGUGGUGGUGGUGUUGGCGCAGCCGGAAGCAAUUCAAACCACCACAAUCAUCAUCCGGUGGUUGGUUCUAGCAGUUCCCUAGUGCAUGAUAUGGUUGGAGCCGGAUCAUCUCGGCACCAUCAUCAUCUUCAUCACCAUCGGGAUGGUGAUGCGGCCCUCACGAAGCCAGCUGUUCAAACAAGCCGCACACCGUACACGACAGUUGAUUUCGUUAAAACCGAUGCGUUCAAUCGAGUGCGGGCCGAUUCAGAGCUUACGCGCGCUCAGUCACGGCUGAAGGAUCAAACGUCCUAGACUCUUGGUGAAGGGCGUUUUAA